GUUUUCACUCCACAGGGAGACUCGGCCCCACCAUUCCUUUCAUUAUGGUACCGCGAAACAUUCAAGAAGCAUUGGUCGGACUACAAUCCACCCGUACAGUUGAUUCGUGAUCAUUCAGCAAGAAAGAAGAGUUCACCCGAGAAACCCCUAUUGUACUUCUCUUUUUCUAUAUUAUUUGUCCUCUGUUGUCGAAGACAGAUGCGACAAACCGAACGUGUCGACGUGUCGCCAUGAGAAGAUCGCAUUAUCAGGAUCUUCCGACAAUUACGGAAAUGGAAGUUCAAAGACUGACAUAAUCUCGUUACAUAAAUCGCAUCGAUCGUGAUCAAUCGAGGUCCAGUUGUCCGAGUGCGGAAACAAGUGAGGCAUAUCCUGUGACAUUCCCUCCUGACAAUGUCACGUGCAUCCUGACAAAGGAUCAAUACUUGAUUUGUUCGUAGACUUUUCAAAUAUUCAGUGAUAUACGUUCGUCUAUUUUUUUUUUAACGAAGAUCGACACCGGAAGAGGAAUUAUUUUUUUUUUCAACAAUCAAUCACGAAGAUCCUGCCGUCUGGUUUCGACGACGAUGCUGAAGAUUCGCGAUUAGUGUGAUCUCGCGCGAAUUUUCUUUCUAAACGUGCGCCCCAUCGCUUAUACCUGCGAACAAUUUACGAGAUAAACAUGAGGAGUACUAUGCGUUUGCUAAUUGCCACUUUGCUUAUAGUGUCCGCGAUCUAUGCCGAAGAGAGAUCUACAGGUACACCAAACGAUAACGCGGAAGAAUCGGUUCUCCGAGUACGAAGCUUGCCAACGACGACCGACGUGGUCACGAAGAAUUGGACCAGCCUGUCGGAAACGCUGGACGUUUUCAGUGCGCGUAAUUUAGUAAGAAAUUGGGCCGAAGGAAAAUACCCUGUCGGGGAGCAAUGCGGCAAAGACAUUACGACGUACAUCGAGGCUCUGAAGAAUGAAGAACUGUGGGCUCUUAAAGUGGACGACGCGUCGGGCAGAUUCACCAAUGGAUUCUUUUGGGGUAACUCGUUCUUUCUCGGAUCAGCCACCGAAUGCAAUUACAUCGGUCAAGAUUACGGAAAAAAUUCUAAAAUUGGCACGGAGUCAUCAAUCGAGGACGUACGAGAAUUUAAUGCUAAGCCACGAAAACUCAUCAACGCGGGUCCCACCGGAAGCAACAUGUGGACUCCAACAAAUGUCGCAGACAUACCACCUUAUCGUCUAGGAUUUUACAUGUUGAGGCUAUCUGUAAACGCGUCUCGAUAUACUACAACAAGAUUGAUUCACCUAGGUGUUUGUUUGCCGUUCUCAUGCACCGCCUCCGACGUCGCCGUGAUCGGAAAACUUGCCGCGGGCGAAUUUGCGGUGAAACACUCGUUAAUCGAAAAAGUUAGAGAUCAGCACAAUUUAUACGACAUGUACACAGAUCCGAUCUUCUGGGUAUUAUCCGGAGUCAGCGCAGUUGUUGCGAUACUGAUGAUUCUUGGUACUGGAUACGAUUAUUAUCUAUUGAAAACAGUAAAGUGCAAGAAAAAUGUAAUUUACGAUUUGGAGAAGCACGGAAAACUUGAUCAUCUCACCAAUGGCAAUGGGAAAGUGCUAAACGCUGUACAAGGUAAGGUCUACCUUCCUGUUCCAGUCGCAGACUCUAGCAGCAACGGCGUGCAGCCGAUUAAUAAUAACAACGAUCGUGAAAAUGACUUGCAACCUUCGGCUACCACGGAAGGGCGACAGCUUAGUGUUCCGGAGGAACUCUUGCUUUCGUUUUCCGUUCACGCCAACCUGAAGGUAAUCUGCGACCGUAAUGUGGGUGGAGACACCAUCAGCACCGUGCACGGGCUCAGAGCGAUAUCGAUGGCCUGGGUAAUCCUUGGACACACGUGCAUCAUUCUCUUCAAGUACUCGGACAACAUGGAGUAUCGCAGGGUGGUGGAGAAGAGAUUCCUCUUUCAGACCAUCACGAACGGAGUCUUCAGCGUCGACACCUUUUUCUUCAUGGGCGGUGUGCUCGUGACCUUCCUGUACUUCCGAACCAACGCCAAGGGUGACCUGAAGAGGCUCACGCAGGGCACACGUGGCUUCGUCGCGGGCACCCUGAAGUUCAUUGGUCUUGUUAUGUACAGAUUCAGCAGGCUCACCGCGCCGUACAUGUUCGUUUUGGGUGUGGUCGAGAUUUCGAUGAAGUAUUUCCAUACAAACUCUGUCUUCGAGCCUCCUACGGCGGAUCAUUACAAUUGUCCAAACUACUGGUGGAGAAAUUUGCUUUAUAUUAACACCUUGUUUCCCGUUGAGCAAAUGUGCAUGCUUUGGAGUUGGUACGUAGCAGAUGAUACGCAGUUCUACAUCAUAGGUGGUGUCAUCCUAGUAUUGGCUACGAAUCAUUUCAAAACCGCAGCUUUCUUAUUAGUUACUUUAUUAGUGAGCUCGUGGGCAACUACCGGUUAUAUCGCUUUAGUUAAUAAUCACAUGCCGACCAUGGACGACCCGUUGGCCCUCUUCGACAAGAUCUAUGACAAGCCUUGGACGAGAUUAGGUCCUUACCUGAUCGGAAUGUCCGUCGGCUACUUCCUCUUUAAGACUGAUUGUAAAGUGAAAAUGUCAAAGACCACCGUCGUCGUGGGAUGGCUCCUGUCUUCCGCGUGUCUCUUGAGCUUGCUUUACGGUCUAUAUGAAGCGGAACUUGCACCCGUUACAGCCGCUGCGUAUUCUUCAUUAAGUCACAGUGCGUGGGCACUUGGCUUAGCAUGGAUCGUGAUAGCGUGUAGUACUGGUUACGGGGGAUAUGUAAAUAAAAUAUUAUCGUGGCCUUUGUAUCCGUUCAGCAGAGUGACUUAUUGCGCUUACUUAGUCCAUCCGCUUGUGAUUCGUCUGACCGCUAUGAAUUUAGAUUCACCGUUUCAUUUAGGGAAGGAUAUAGUGGGCAUAACAUUCCUGGGACAAUUAGUGCUAUCUUACUUGUUCUCCUUCAUCGUAUCAGUCACCUUCGAAGCACCGGUGGUCAGUAUGCUAAAGAUUCUCUCGCCGAAAAAACGAAGGCGUAUAUAAUAUAGAGAGACUAAAGCAUAUAUUUAACGCACACACCGCCUCGUACGGUUAUUUAUACAAAUGUAUUUACACAUAUUAUGUAUGAGUUUUGUAAAGAUCUGUGAAACGAUGACAAAAAAUAAUUGUAAACGUUAUUACAUAUACACAUUGUAUUAACACUUGUUUCAUCUUGUUUCAAACUAUGUUAAAGUGUGAAUUUUUCUGUGUAUCGCUAAAUGUAAAAUAAAUUAUUUUUCUUUGUA